AGGACAAAAGCUACGAGCAAAAGGUCCACAAAUCUACAAUCGGCUACGACUUCUCUCUCCUCUUUCAUCUGAAUUUUCUCUACUCCUGUAGUCCUGUACCGCACGUACCGGUAAGAAAAAGUUGGAGAUUUUCGAUGUAUACACGUUAGAAUUGGCUUUCCUGAUAUCAGUAGGUCACAACAGAAACAGCAGUCCUUGGUUUUUGAAGCAGGUCUCUUCUGUAAUUAGCUGCAUCGAGUAUGUUCAUCUCUAAACUUUCUUCACAAGUGGGGCAGAUGGUUAAGGGCUUCACAAGAGAUGCACUCACCCAAUCAGACAAGGACUGAUCAAUGUCAAGCUACAAUCUAGAUGGAUUUCUUCUUUAAUCAGAGAAGACCUCAACAAUUUCAUUCCUUCCAAAAAAACCCAAAAAAUGAAGUAGGGAGUGAUCGCCAAACAGGAGCAGAUUUUGGAGGGAGCUGAAUCAGACCAAUAAGGAAAAAUAUGUUUGGGAGCCCCUCCUUGACCAAACAAGCCCAAGAAAUAACUCCACAAUACCACAGCAACAUUGCAUUCCAAGAACAUGUGGAAUGCUGUUUUCUCAUCCUUAUGGCAAAGGUCAAUUGAAAUAUGUAACAAGAACAGAAAAUAUGCGAAGAUCAUACAGUUGUUAUUUACAGCAUCUGAAACACCGUCCUUUCUCCACCACAGCUGCAGAAAUCAAUUGUGAGGAGGGCAACGAACAAAAAGAGAAGAUAUCUGUCACAUUUGUUGACAAGGAUGGAGAGGAGAUGCAUAUCAAAGUUCCGAUUGGAAUGUCUAUGUUAGAAGCUGCCCAUGAAAAUGAUAUAGAACUUGAAGGAGCAUGUGAAGGCUCCCUUGCAUGUUCAACAUGUCAUGUUAUUGUCACAGAUGUCAAUUACUAUAAUAAACUGGAAGACCCAACUGAUGAGGAGAACGAUAUGUUGGAUCUUGCUUUCGGUCUCACAGAAACGUCUCGCUUGGGUUGUCAAGUGAUUGCAAAGCAUGAUCUAGAUGGAAUUCGCGUAGCACUUCCUGUUGCCACUCGAAACUUUGCUGUUGAUGGCUAUGUACCAAAACCACACUGAUGCAAUGCAAUUUUUCCUAGUUUUGUACCAUCCCUCUAUUUGUUGUAGGACCAUAUGCAUAAGUAGUUAAUAAUCACCAGUUCUUUACACUGUGGCAGUACCAUAUGCUUUAACCCAUUGAGGAUCCCAAGGGGCUAAGAACCCUUGCCUGGGUUUUGGAGCUGACCUCUGCUUCCCGGGAAAAAGAAAGAAUAUUUGGUAACUCACAGCAAGAUCAGUAUUUAGUAGAUUGUUUAGGAUUGCACUGUAUUGAGCGCAGUUUUGUUGGGAAGAGGUUGUCUCAGGAAUUUUAACAAUUUUUUUAUCUGCAUGGUGAAAAUAAAUUAAUCUCACCCUGUGUGUAUGCAA